GAAAGAAUGAGUGGAAUUUUCUACCUCUUUUUCUAGCAAUAUCCAACUAUGCACUAUGGGUCACCGUGUCUGUUCACAUUUCUUUUAGGAGUAACAAAUUUAAAAAUCAGCAAGGUUUCCUCAUGUAGAAGAAGAUGAACAGACCCAAUUUGACUGAAACAGAAAUAAUGAAGCAGAAAAUGCCACCUUCACUUUCACCUUCACCACCACCCCCACCAUCACCACCUACAACAGCAAGGAGUUUCUUGUCGAAGCAGCACAAUGAUAGGUCCCUGCAUAGUUCAUCACCAUCACCAACAACACGUUUGAGGGGUUCUUACAAGGCUAGAGAAUCUCCAAAGACACCACCUGAAUCUGUUGUUAAUGGGGUUGUGCCGGUUGUUUCAUCGAAAAGAGCCAAGUCAGUGCCACCAGACAUGAAGAACAAUUCAAAAGCCAAAAGGGGCGUUGUGUUGAGCAAUAAGGCUAAGCCAAAUGAAGAGGUUGUGGUUUUAGGGUCUCAGAAAGCAGUUGAGGAAGCUAAGGUUGUUGUUGGUCGUUUUGUGAGGAGCCAGCAUGGUAGUGUGGAACAGUUUGCUAGGCCAAGGAGAAGGGUGAUUGGGGAUUCAGGGUUGAGUAGGAGAAUUGAAGAUGAAGCUGAUGGUGUUGUGAAGAGGAAGGAGAAAGAGUUGCCGGAGAAGCUUGAGUUGAGUGAGAAUUUGAUCAAGGAUUUGAAGUCUGAGGUGGUGGCCUUGAAGGCUGAGUUGGAUAGAGUUAAGGGUUUGAAUGUGGAGCUUGAAUCCAAGAACAAGAAGCUCAGUGAGGAUCUUGCUGCUGCUGAAGCUAAGAUGGUAGUAGCUGUUGGUACCAGUGGCAAGGAGGCAAUUGGGGAACACCAGAGCCCCAAAUUCUAUUUUGCUUCACACUAA